AUGGUGUCAUGUUUGCUAGCUGGUGUUAUUUGCCUUUGUUUACUUUUCCGGGUUGCCCUAAUACAAACAUACUCAGAUGCAACAGAACUAUUUUACUCAUUGACAAGCAAUAUUCUACUAAGUUACUUUCUAAAGGGAUUCUACCACAAUAUUCAAACGUAUUAUGAUGAGAUAUUUGAGCAAAUUGAAGGCAUAAAAUUCACUAAUUACGAUAUGAUCAAGGAGACACUGAUGCCAUUCAAGAAGUUGUGUACUGUCUUAAAGCUGGAUACAGAGAAGUUGGAUGCUGUUCUUGAGAAGAUAGCACAUGAUUACUAUACGGAUGACCAGAAUAGGGAGAACCUGGAUUACAUGUACGANAUACAAACAUACUCAGAUGCAACAGAACUAUUUUACUCAUUGACAAGCAAUAUUCUACUAAGUUACUUUCUAAAGGGAUUCUACCACAAUAUUCAAACGUAUUAUGAUGAGAUAUUUGAGCAAAUUGAAGGCAUAAAAUUCACUAAUUACGAUAUGAUCAAGGAGACACUGAUGCCAUUCAAGAAGUUGUGUACUGUCUUAAAGCUGGAUACAGAGAAGUUGGAUGCUGUUCUUGAGAAGAUAGCACAUGAUUACUAUACGGAUGACCAGAAUAGGGAGAACCUGGAUUACAUGUACGAAUACAUCGAUAAUUCAGUACAUUUUCUACAGGAAAUUACACAAUUCAAUAAUGAGUUAGAUGAGAUGCUGGCUAGUAACGUGGAUAAAGAUCUCCAGAAGUAUUUCUAUGAGCAUAGGACGGAUGACGUGGAAGAAUUUACGAAAUUCAAAUUGGAAAUUUAUAGGGCAUUGGACUACCUGAAAGGGAAGGAGGCGUUCUUUGAGACCAAGAACUACGAGAUAGAGAACAUCAUUUACAGCGCAGAGGAGAAGUUUGUGAAGAAGAAGGUGGAAGACAUUCUUUCAAACAGGGACAUAAAAGUGGUCGUAAAUAAAAUAGUGAAACUGAAAGAGAGCAUGGACAAGGUGGGACGCAGAAAGGUGAUACGAGAGGUGGAAACAGCACUUAGAGAGUACUAUACGGGUGAUGAUCUGAUACUUCUGAAGGAUACGAUACGCAGAAACUACAAGGAGAAUCAGGAGUAG